AGCCGGACUUAAGACGCAACAUCUCUGACGAUUGCGACUUCACAGCUCGAGUUUCCUGCCAUUUUCCUUCUGCUCCAACAUUGACUGCAGGUGCUCGACAUUCAAUCCAUUGCCGCGAUACCUUGAAACGUUCAAGAAACGCUCCCUGUUCAAAAUCCGGCAGAGCCGAGGACACGCCGUACGCAGGACAUUGACAAGCCGCAAACAUGAAAUCAGGCGAGCCACGUCCCACUGUUGUGGGCAAUGAGAACGGGCCCGAACCUCCAUUUCCCCUCAAACUCGAUGGCAAGGUCAUCAAAGGUUUCGGCCGUGGGAGUAAAGACCUCGGCAUCCCCACCGCCAACAUCCCCAUCGAAGGCCUCUCCGUCGGCGGAAACGAAAACCUCGAAUCAGGAGUCUACUACGGCUGGGCCGGAAUUUCCACCUGCAGUGCAACUCAACAAAACCCACCAAGCGACAUCUCAAGUUACAAACUCAUGACAUCCGACGUCCACAAAAACCUCCAAUCCAUUCUCUCAAACGGCGAAACACCAAGCACAUCAUCAACCCAAGGAACAGUCUACCCAAUGGUGAUGUCAAUAGGCUGGAACCCCUUCUACAAGAACACAGUCCGAAGUGUGGAAGUACAUAUCAUGCAAGACUUCGAUACAGAUUUUUAUGGCAGUCAUAUGAAUUUGUUGAUUUUGGGGUUCAUUCGUCCGGAAUUGGAUUAUGUCAGCAAAGAGAGCUUGAUUGCAGAUAUCAAGACGGAUAUUGAUGUUGCAGGACGAAGUCUGAGCCGACCGGCUUAUGUAGCACUGGCACGAGACCCGUAUCUGGUUGAGUUCGAAGGCAAAGACGAACUUGCUCGGUAGAGGUACAAAUGCGAAGACCGCCGAUUUGAGAUAGAAUUUUCGUAUGACAUUCCGCCACCAUGUUAUGU